UUAAAUGAAUCAAAUGAGUAUCAUAACUAUACAUGAAUGUUUCAAUUUACAAUAUUGUUCAAAUUUGCGGUAAAAAAAUCUUAUAUGCAAUCAGAUUUUCAUGUGCGGUAAAAAAAAUCUUAUAUGCAAUCAAAUUUUCAUGUGUAGAAUCCACUGCACAUCGAUGACAAGAACAAAAGUAAGGUGAAGUGGACUUUACACAUAAGGUGAAGUGAUAUUUUGGCCGGAAAUUUGAAAAAAAAUUGUCAAUUGAAACAUUUAUGUGUAAUUAUGAUACUGAUUUGAUUCAUUUAAAAAUUAAGAUAUCAAAACGCAACAAUACCAAUAAUUACGAACAAUACCAAUAAUUAAGGUAUCAUUUAUGCAUUUCACCGUAUGUAUAUAUCACACAAAAAUUGCUUCAAAUAGGAUUAUAACAUAGACAAAGUGGACAUAUAAGAGUAUCUAUAUUUUUCUCGACUUAUUUGAUCCUUUGAAUGAUAAAAACACUUUUCUCGACUUAUUUGAUCCUUUGAAUAAUAAAAAACUUCCCCAAUGAGAAGUACAUGAGUCAUAUUUUAGGAAGAAGGAAACAAUGAUUGUCUUAUAUGCACAAUUUGUGUAUAUGUGCAAUUUGUGUAUGUUUAGUCAUGUUUAAGGAAUUUUCUCUUACCAUUCCUUAUACGUAGUAUCUCACAUUCUCAUGAAUCAUGAUGUAUGAAUGAUGUCAAAUAUUUAAGCAUAAAUUAAGUAAACUUCUUGAGGUUUUCUUACACACUCCCAAAGAGACCAGUUUUUGGGACGAGGCUCUAAUUAAAUGUAUCUUGUGUUCUACCGCUGCCCUGUGAAAGAGUAAAAAAUCGCGCUCCAAGGCUCCAAAGGUAAUUUUAGAAACUACUACUUAUGAGACAAUAUUAUUACAAUAUUAGGAGUGAUCUGCAUGUUUUAUUUGUAUUCUCCACACCUUUUAUGUGAACUAGUGGCAUUCUGUUAUGCCUCUUAGCUUGUUUCUUAAGCAGACCCUUUUGAAUGAAAAAAAACAACAGAAAGUAUCACAUGAAGCAGUGAGGUCAAAGAACAAGGUAAUAAUGUUUUCUCUUAUUUGUUUUAGCCACGGGCGGGGUACAUUUUGUUCAGGGCAUGGUUGACAUAAAUGAUGCAAUAAAAUGCUUUCUUUGAUACUGAUUAACUGGUAGAAAUGUAUUUGUAGUUUUGUACAUAUCGAAAGCUAAGGUUUCCAUUGGCAAGAAAUCCAAUAAUAUCUAACAUAGUUUAACUGGCUACGAUUGAUUAUAAUGAUGCUGCAACUGAACCUGGUUUCUUUUUAAAGUACCAGCCCUCUUGUAUGCUUGAAUUUGAUGGUUCUUCCAAAGCAAAUGGACAAGCAGGGGCAGGUGCUGUGCUUCGUGCCGAUAAUGGCAGUAUGACCUGUCGCCUGCGUGAAGGUUUGGGCACAGCAGACUCUAGCACUGCCGAAUAUCGGGCCAUUAUUUUGGGAUUGAAGUAUGCACUUCAGAAAGGAUUUACUCACAUUCGUGUUCGGGGUGACUCUAAGACAGUUUGCAUGCAGAUCCAAGAGCAAGUGAAAGUUAAAAGCCGAAGAAUUUCAACCUUGUGCGAGCAGGCCAAACAACUCAAGGCCAGGUUUCUAUCCUUCAAGAUAGAGCAUGUUUCGCGGAAAUUGAACACUGAAGCGGAUAAACAGGCAAGCUUGGCUGUCACACUCACUGAUGGCCACAUUGAAGAGGAGAUUGAGAAAUGAGGCAUGGGUCUGUAGUAUUUGGCUUUCAAGUAAACCAUUGAAUGUAAUUCAAGUAUGGCAAAAUUUGCAUUGCAUGAAUAUAUAUGGUGUCAAUGAAGCAUUAUUACCCCUUUUUGGACAGCCAUCAAUCAGGCCACAAUCGUAAAUUGUAACAACUCUUUUCUGUGUGUAUUUUUAGUUUUGUCUCCUUUUUUCUAUCACGAAUAUAAAACGUCAGGAGUCGUGUUCCAACAGAAGUCAAUCCAAAAAUUGCAUCCUCGUCUUAGCUAUACAUCCGGAAAUUAAUAAUUAAAAACUCAAUCAAGUCAUUCUAUUAUACUUACCUAUAUACAG